GUCGAAUUGAAGAAUUGUUGCCAUCUCAAGAUCAGUUAGAAAGACGGACUGUUUCCAGAAAUAAAGAUGCCUGAGUCCAAGCCAUCUGCUUUGAGAUGGAAUCCUUGGAAAGUGUAUGAUGUGUCUGAAAAGGAAAUGAGAACUAUUAAGGAGAGGGCUAAAUUCAGAGCGGCAAUGAAGGCUGAAUUUCAGAUGAAAUAUACAAAUCCGUAUUACAGACGUGUUGAGGGUUUCAUUUUCGAUCCUGCACUCCAGAGACACAUGGCCAUGAGAGCUACUCAAGUACAUUUCUUCAAACCAAACAUAAAAACUGUAGCUGUGGCAAUGAUGACUUAUGUUAUACCUUUAACAGCUUUGAUAUACUUUGGCUUCAAAGCGAUUGCUGCACAUGAAAGAAAAUGUAAUACUGGUGAAAUAGCUUACAAGGAUAGAACUUAUAAAUUCCAAUAAUCUGUAGUUACCCCCCCUGAAUUAGAUUUAUUAAAAAGUUUGUUUAUAA